CGUGACGCGGGCCCGCGCCCCGCGCCCACCAUGUCCUACCCGCAGGGCUACCUGUACCAGGCGCCCGGCUCGCUGGCGCUCUACUCGUGCCCGGCGUACGGCGCGUCCGCGCUGGCAGCGCCGCGCAGUGAGGAGCUGGCGCGCUCGGCGUCAGGCUCGGCGUUCAGCCCGUACCCGGGCUCGGCGGCCUUCACGGCACAGGCGGCCACCGGCUUCGGCAGCCCGCUGCAGUACUCGGCCGACGCCGCCGCCGCCGCAGGCUUCCCGUCCUACAUGGGCGCUCCCUACGACGCGCACGCGACCGGGAUGACCGGCGCCAUCAGCUACCACCCGUAUGGCAGCGCGGCCUACCCGUACCAGCUCAACGACCCGGCGUACCGCAAGAACGCCACGCGCGACGCCACAGCCACGCUGAAGGCCUGGCUGCAGGAGCACCGCAAGAACCCCUACCCCACCAAGGGCGAGAAGAUCAUGCUGGCCAUCAUCACCAAGAUGACCCUCACGCAGGUCUCCACCUGGUUCGCCAACGCGCGCCGGCGCCUCAAGAAGGAGAACAAGAUGACCUGGGCCCCGAGGAACAAAAGCGAGGACGAGGACGAGGAGGACGGCGAUGCUGCGAGGAGCAAAGAGGAGAGUGCGGACCAGACGCGGGAGGGCGCAGAGACCUCGGCGGAGGACGAAGGCAUCAGCCUGCACGUGGACUCGCUCACGGACCACUCGUGCUCGGCCGAGUCGGACGGGGAGAAGCUGUCCUGCCGCGCCGGGGACGCCCUGUGCGAGUCGGGCUCGGAGUGCAGGGACAAGUACGACGACCUGGACGACGACGACGACGCCGACGAGGACGAGUGCGCACGGGACCUGGCGCCGCCCAAGCCCGUGACCUCCUCGCCGCUCACCGGCGUGGAGGCGCCGUUGCUGAGCCCUGCGCCCGAGGCCGCGCCCCGCCUGGGCGGCAAGACGCCCCUGGGCAGCCGGACAUCGCCGGGCGCGCCGCCGCCCGCCAAGCCCAAGCUGUGGUCGCUGGCCGAGAUCGCCACGUCGGACCUGAAGCAGCCGAGCCUGGGCCCGGGCUGCGCGCCCCCGGGGCUGCCCGCUGCUGCGGCGCCCGCCUCCACCGGGGCCACCCCGGGCGGCGCGCCCUACCCCGCCUCGCCCCUGCUGGGCCGCCACCUCUACUACACGGCGCCCUUCUACGGCAACUACACAAACUACGGGAACUUGAGCGCAGCACUGCAGGGCCAGGGCCUCCUGCGCUACAACGCGGCAGCCGCGGCCCCGGGCGAAGCGCUGCACUCGGCGCCCAAGCCGGCCAGCGACGCCGGCAAGGCGGGCGCGCACCCGCUGGAGCUGGAGCCGCACUACGGGCCGGCGGGCGGCGGCUACGAGCCCAAGAAAGAUGCCGGCGAGGGCUGCGCGGCGGUGGGCGUCCAGCCCUACCUAUAGAAGGGCCGAGGAGCCGGCAGCGCAAGUAGGUGUCACAAUUGCUUUGG